AUGCAGGCGACUCCAGAGACACUCGCCACUCUCUCAAAGUUCCUGUCCGACACCGUCUCCCCGGACGCGGCCGUCCGUCACUCGGCUGAAAAGUCGCUGCGACAGGGCGAGGCUCAGCAGGGUUUCCUCCAGAUCGUCCUCGAGCUGGUGCGCUCCGAUGCUGCUCCCAUGGUCGUCCGCCAGGCUGGCGGUGUCUACUUUAAGAACACCGUCAAGAGGCUGUGGGGCGGCGAGGAGGAGGAGGUUCAGAUCGCAGAGGUGGACAAGCAGGCCAUCAAGGCCCAGCUAGUCCCUCUGAUGAUUGCCCUCGGCACUCCCCAGACUGCCCGCCUCCAGAGUCAGGUCGGCGAGGGUCUUUCCACCAUUGCGUCCAUUGACUUCCCCACCAAGUGGGAGGGUCUUGUUGACGAGCUCGUCAGCUCGCUCACCGCGGACAACUUUGUGAUCAACAACGGUGUCCUCGCCACUGCGCAUUCGAUCUUCAAGCGCUGGCGUUCCCAGUUCCGUACCAACCAGUUGUUUGAGGAGAUCAACUAUGUUCUUGCCCGUUUCUGCAAACCCCACUUUGAGCUGUUCCAGCAUGUCGACAAGCUCCUCUCCACUCCUGCCGGCCAGCCCCUGCCCCCCAACGCCUCCCUCCCUCUCCUCGCCCAGGCUCUCCUUCUCCUUAUCCAGAUCUUCAACGACCUUACUUGUCAUGACCUGCCUCCCUUCAUCGAGGACAACAUGGCCACGUUCUUCGGUCAGGACGACCAGCCCGGCUGGCUCCUCAAGUACCUCAGCUGGGAGCGUCCAGAGCUCAAGGGUGACGACGACGACGAGGCCCCCGGCCCACUCCAGAAGAUCCGCUCGUCCAUUUGUGAGAUUGCAGAGCUCUUCGCUCAAAAGUAUCUGGACGCCUUCCCUCAGCUUGGCAGCUUUGUCAACGGCGCUUGGCAGAUGCUCACCACUGUUGGUCCCAGCACUCGUGAAGAUGUCCUCGUCUCGCGCGGUCUUCGUUUCCUGUCUGUUGUUGUAAAGAUGGGCAGCCACCGUGAGAUGUUUGCCGCCCAGUCGACCCUCACUCAGUUCUGUGAGAACAUUAUCCUGCCCAACAUGACGAUCCGCGAGCACGAGGAGGAAAUGUUCGAGGAUGACCCCAACGAGUACAUCCGUCGUGACCUUGAGCCAUCAAACGAGAGCGACACCCGUCGCCAGGCCGCGACCGACUUCACCCAGGCGCUCAUGGAGAACUUUGAGACCGAGGUUACCAGCAUUGUCCAGGGCUACAUCACGGCGUUCCUGGGUCAGUACGCCCAGAACCCUACCGAGAACUGGAAGGCAAAGGACACUGCCAUCUACCUCCUCACUUCGAUCGCGUCAAAGGGCUCCACCCUCCAGCGUGGUGUCACCUCGGUCAACACUCUUGUUGACAUUGUCGAGUUCUUUGGUCGCAACGUCAUGUCCGACCUCCAGGCCACGGCCGGCUCGGUCCACCCCAUCCUCACCGUCGACGCCAUCAAGUACCUGUACACUUUCCGCAACCAGCUCACCAAGGAGCAGCUUGUGGCUGUCCUCCCCAUGCUUGUCCAGCACCUCACCUCCUCCAACUACGUCAUCUACUCUUAUGCCGCCAUCACCAUUGAGCGUAUUCUUUUCGUCAAGAACGAGAGCCGCCAGCCCCUCUUCUCCAACACUGACAUCCAGCCGUAUGCGGAGAGCAUUCUCAUGGCCCUGUUCACCAACAUUGAGAAGGGUGGUACCCCCGAGAAGAUUGCCGAGAACGACUACCUGAUGAAGUGCGCUAUGCGUACCAUCAUCACCGCUCGUCAGGAGCUCGUCCCUGCCCACCAGGCGAUCCUCAACCGCCUCGUCAACAUCAUGGGCGAGAUUAGCAAGAACCCUUCGAACCCGCGCUUCAACCAGUACUGCUUUGAGAGUGUUUCUGCCCUUAUUCGCUUUGUCUGCGAGGCCUCGCCUGCCGCCCUUCCCCACUUUGAGAAGUCGCUCUUUGGCCCUGCCGAGAUCAUCCUCUCGCAGGACGUUGUCGAGUUUAUCCCCUACAUCUUCCAGAUUCUGGCCCAGCUCCUCGAGCUUCACGCUCCCAACGACCUGCCCAACGAGUACCAGGCUCUCCUUGGUCCUCUCCUCUCGGCCCAGCUCUGGGAGCAGCGCGGCAACGUUCCCGCCCUCGUUCGUCUGUGGAAGGCCCUCCUUAUGCGCGGUGCCCCCCUCAUCGUUUCGAACGGCCAGGUCGCGGGUCUGCUCGGUAUCUUCCAGCGUCUCAUCGGCUCCAAGAUCAACGACGUGUUCGCCUUUGAGCUCCUUCAGGCCAUGAUGGAGUUUAUCCCCGUCGAGGUCAUGAAGCCCUUCACCAACACCAUCUUCAUGCUCCUGCUCACCCGCCUGCAGAGCAAGCCGUCAGACCAGUUCACCCAGGGCUUUGUCUACUUCUUCACCUUCAUCGCCGCUGUCGACAACGUCGGUCCCGAUGUCGCCAUCAGCAGCGUGGACAGCAUCCAGCCUGGUCUUUUCGGCAACCUCAUGAAGGGUGUUGUGCUCCCCAACACCCAGAAGGCGCCCGUCCGCUCCCGCCGCGUCAUCGAGGUCGGCCUCACCAAGCUCCUGGCCAAGUCGGACCUCAUCCUCACCGGCACCAACACGUCGUUCUGGACCCCCAUCUUCCUCGCCCUUCUCGACCUCUUCACCCUGCCCCAGGACCUGACGUACGCCAACGGCGCUGCCGGUGACGACCUCAACUCGCUCGACCCCGAGGAGGCCGGUUUCCAGUCUUCGUUCUCCAAGCUCGGCGCUUCGGAGAAGAACACCCACGACCCCGUCGCCUCUAUCGGCGCCGACGAGAAGCUCUACGCGUCCAAGGAGCUUGCCCGUCGCUCGGCCGGCCGUCCCGGUGUCCUUGGUCCGCUCAUCCAGCAGGCCGAGGCCGAGGAGCCCGCUACCGUUGCCGAGUUUGUCAAGUACAUGGCCUCGAACGGCGACAACAUCGCCUAG